CGGGGAGCUCUGAAAAAACUCUCUGUUACCCAGAAACAUUGCUUCAGACACCAAGAACUGGCUUUUAACUAUUAAAAGCACCUGCUAAAUAUUAAUAAAGUAUAGUGGGACUCGGUAGAAAAGGGGGUUCGAAGAAGCAGGAGCUGUUUGAAACUUUGGGGCAGAAUUUUUCUCGGACUUUAAAAUCAGAGGAUCUUUUCCAACGGUUUUUUUUUUUUUUUUUUUUUUUUUAAAGAAAUAAUAUACAUCUCGGGGAUUGCAAGGAUCACCGGAGCUCUUUUUUGUGACCAGCCUCGAGGGUGCUGGAGCAGGGUGGGGUCUCUCUCUGGGAUGCCCAGGUUUGCAGCCCCUUGCCUGGGUCACCCGUGCUUCACGAUGACAGACUUCUUUGAGAUUACUGUUGACCGAAGCCGUCUGGACAGCUCUAAGACAGAAUUCUGUAACCCUGCUUUCGAACCAGAGAGAGAAAACGAAGGGACCAAGGAGACAGCCGAAGAGCAGAAAUUCGAGACGAUCGGACUGCCGCAGAGAGAAGCCGAUCUCGCUAUUCGGAGCCUGUCCCCUAGACAGUGCUGGGGUCUGUCGCGGGGGCUGGUCCUCACUGCGUCUGUGCUGACCCUUACUCUGGCUGUGGGGCUCGCCCUCAUCGUCUUCUUCAUCCAGUUGAAGUACAAACAGCCCCUGGUUGGCGACACCCAGACCCCCCUGCAGAAGGAGGACAGCGGAUCGCCUUUUGGAACCCCAGGGGGGGCUGUAAUCGACAGGUGGGGUACGACAGCCCCAGCCAGCAGCACUGACCUGGAGGAACCACCAGGGGGCUCCACCUCAUCGCCUGUAUGUGGGGGGGUCCUGCAAGACGAGGAAGGCUCCUUCAGCUCCCCGAAUCACCCUGCUAACUACCCCCCUGACGCCCUGUGCGUGUGGCUGAUCCAAGUACGCCCCGAAGCUGUCCUCCAGCUGCAGGUCACCUCGUUCUCCGUGGAGGGGCAGGCGCCCUGCACCUUCGACUGGCUGGAGCUGCGUGAGGAGGGAGGAGAGAACAGCAAGGACAGCUUCGACUGGCUGGAGCUGCGUGAGGAGGGAGGAGAGAACAGCAAGGACAGCUUCCUCGGCAGAUUUUGUGGCAAUGUGGCGCCCCCUACCUUCAACACCAACACCAGCCGGAUGUGGGUGACCUUCAAAUCGGACAGCAGUGUGGCAAGCAGCGGCUUCACCGCGCAUUACCACGCCAUCGCGCCCAACCACAAGAGCUGUGGCCGGGAGGAGCAUUUCUGUGAUGGUGGGCGCUGCUUGCUUACUGGUCUUCUCUGUGAUGGCUUCCCUGACUGCCUAGACAGGAGCGACGAAUCAAACUGCAGCCACAAGCACAAAGAGUGCGGGGGUUCCCUGACAGAAGAUGAGGGGACUCUGCUCAGCCCCAACCACCCCAAACCCUACCCUCACCAGCAGCUGUGUCUUUGGCAGAUCUCUGUGUCUCAAGGUCAUGUGAUCCAGCUGACCUUCCACAACUUCAGCUUGGAGACGCAGGAUAUUUGUGACUACGACUUUGUGGAGGUCCACGACAGCGCCGGGACUAGCAAUCCCAGUGUGAUGGGCAGGUACUGUGGAACCCAGAUCCCUCCCGCCCUCAUCUCCUCCCGUCACGUGAUGACCGUGCUGUUUGUCGCAGACGAAGGCGUGUCAGAUAGUGGGUUCUACGCCACGUAUAAAGCCAUCAACGCCACUGAAAGGACAUGCAGCCCAGCCGAGUUCCUGUGUCUGAACGGGGAGUGCCAGGAGCCAGAGUGGGUGUGUGACGGGUGGAAUGACUGCUCGGACGGCAGCGACGAGAUCGGCUGUGAGAACGCCACCUUCCCCCCCUUCAGGUCCUCCUGUGAGCCGAUCGCGGUGGAGAUGUGCCUGGGACUGAGCUACAACCAGACCUCCUUCCCCAACAUCUGGCUGAGCAUUCCUACCCAGAGCGGAGCCGCCUCGAUCCUGCAGCACUACCAGGUGCUGAUGGAGCUGCCAUGCUACCGCUACCUGCACUUGCUCACCUGCAGCAUCUUCGUGCCCAAGUGCACGGGCGACGGGGGGGUGCUGCAGCCCUGCCGCUCGGUGUGCCAGUCUGCGGAGCAGCAGUGCAAGCCCUCCCUGGAAGUGCUGCACGUGGCCUGGCCCUUCAACUGCAACCUGCUCCCUGACUCCCAGGACCCCAUCGAGUGCGUCAGACCCUAGAGGCUGCAGUGACAUCAGCAGCAGCACUGUGGUGUGUGCAGGAAUCGAUGGGACCGUGUGUAAGCCAACAUGUUACACUGUACAUACGCUUGAGUCUCAAAACUAUUUACUCAAAAUCAUCAUUGGCACAAUUUAUAUCUGAAAGGAAAGAAGACAAACACCUUUUACGAUUCUAAAAUGAAUAAGAAACACUUACAAGUUCAUAAGUUCAGAUUCUUAGUUGUUCGGUAACUUUAUUGGGUGUGUUUCUCCUUUUCUGAUGAAAAAAGUGCUCAUGACGAAUGUCAUUUUAUAAACAUGCCAUUAAUAACUAACUCAAUAAAAUGAAAUACAAU